AUGGUUCGAUCCACGUUGCUCUGCCAGCUCGGCCUUUUGCUCGCUGCUCUCGAUCAGGUCGCUUCUAUCUCCGCCCAACUGGACGGCGAGGCGCAGCUCUACGCUCCAGACGACGGGGGGCUCUGGACACCAGCUACUGCCGAAGCAUCCUACUUUGAAUCUCUCCAGCAGCAGCAGCGGGAACCUGCUGCGGACCAUAGCCAAACCCGCAAAGUGGCCAUCAUUGGUGCCGGACCCUCAGGCACGUCAGCAGCCUACUUCCUCAAGCGCGCCCAAGACCAACUUGUGUUUGCCAACUCGAGCGACAAUAUCGACAUCACAAUUUACGAACGCGAAACACGCAUCGGCGGGCGCACCGCCGUCACGUAUCCUUACGAUGACGACAGUCAAAACCCGAUCGAGCUCGGCGCAAGCAUUUUCGCCGAUGUCAACCUAAACCUGCGUCGCGCGGUCAAGGAGUUCCAGCUCGAGACGGGCGCACACACGGGUCUAUCAGGACAGAUGGGCAUCUGGGAUGGUCAGCAAUUUUUAUUCGAGGGUGACCAGAGCAGUUGGUGGACGAGCGCCAAGUUCUUCUUGCGCUACGGAUACAGCGCCAUCACGACUGAGGGCAUCGUCAAGAAGCAGCUCUCGUACUUUGCCGGGCUGUACAACCCGAGCUUUCUGCAUGCUCGGAGCAGUGCAGUAAGCGAGGAGGAGGGCGAGGGAAGCAGCCUUUCAGGCUACCCGUGGUCGUCGAUCGAAGACCUGGCUGCGGCGGUAAAUGCUACAGCGCUUGUCGAGACGACAGGGAUGCAGUUUUUCAAGGACCGCAGGGUGUCUGAGCUGUUCAUUGAGGAGAUGGUGGAAGCGGCGACGAGGGUCAACUAUGCACAGGAUACCGAUAAGAUCCACGGCUUUGGAGCGCUCGUCAGCCUCGCAGCGUCGGGUGCUACGGGAGUCAAGCAGGGAAACUACCGCAUCUUUCAAGAGUUCGCCCGCCGCAGCGGCGCACACAUCUUGACGGGCGUCGAGGGCCAAGUUGCCGGCAUUGUGCGGUUUGACAGCCUCACUCCCGAGCGACGCGGCCAACUUGCGCUGAAUGAGCAAAGCGCAAAGCGGAAGCAGGUGCAGUGGUAUAUCGGCACCAAGAGCGGCGAGGGGGAGCUGUACGACGCUGUGAUCAUUGCCACACCGUGGCACAAUGCGGAUAUCACGCUGCUCAACACGCCGCAGCGGGUGAAGAGCAAGCCGUACGUUCACCUGCAUGUGACGCUGCUGACGACGAGUCGAGCCAGUCCACGACCCGAAUAUUUUGGCCUGGGGGAGCAGGACGCUGUGCCCACCACCAUCCUUACGUCAAGCGAGAGCGUGCGCAGGGCGAGUAGUAAGAAGAAGACCCCGCCACCUCCGCCCACGCCGGACCCGCCGCAAGACGGGUCCGACCAGCAACUGCCGCGCAUCACUUCUUCUCCAGCCGACGACCGACUCAAGAAACUCAAUCUGGAGUUCUUCUCGCUCAACUACCUGCGUUCUGUCGACCCACCCUCCUCUUCUUUGAGCGGCGAAAAAGAAUACGUUGUGAAAAUCUUCUCACCCCACCCUAUCUCUGAUACCCUCCUCACGCACCUUUUCGGAAACACUGUCUCAUGGGUCAAACGUCACUCGUGGGACUCAUACCCGUACCUCACCCCCACCUCUCGCUUCCCGCGCAUCGAGGUCGACCACAACCUCUUUUACGCCAACGCCAUGGAAAGCCUCGUCUCCACCAUGGAGACCUCCACCGUCUCGGCAAAGAACACGGUCGGGCUGCUGUUGAAGCGCUGGUACGGAGACGACUUCGUCAACGGCAAGGAUUGUGAUUGGUCAAAGCUGGCCGGCAAGGAUCCGCUGAACAAUGGGAACUGGGCCGGUUGGGGGUGCGACUCGGGUUGA